AUGUAUUCAUCGCUUCCAGAUUCCUACUCAACCCUUCCUUUCCAACAUAUCCGCGUCUCUCACGUACCCGAGUCCUCACCCACGCCCACUCCAAUCAUUCUAGUCACAUUAUAUCGGCCUGGAAAGCACAAUGCAUUCACAGAAACUAUGGCAGACGAUCUCGAAAUAGCCUUUGACCUUUUGUCGCUUGAUCCUAAGGUGAAAUGCAUUGUUAUUACUGGCCAUGGAAAGAUGUUUUGCCCUGGAGCUGAUUUGGAAGCUGGAUUAUCAUAUGAGAAUGACACGGCGUUGACACAUCGAGAUGCUGGUGGGAGAGUAGCACUAGCGAUUCAUAGAUGUACAAAACCUACGAUUGCGGCCAUCAAUGGCUCAGCCGUGGGGGUAGGCAUAACUAAGCUCGCAAACGAUGUAGUCAAAAACACGAGUGCGGUGUCAACUGCGAUCAUGCGAGAUUUGAUGUGGAGAGGUCCAUCGACGGCCGAGGAAACACAUCUUUUGGAUAGUAAGAUCUUAUUGGAGUUAUUCGGAGGAGAGGACAAGAAAGAAGGGAUCAAAAGCUUCAUGGACAAGAGAGACCCGGAGUUCAAGGGGAAUAUGCAAGAUAAUGCACCGAGUGUUUGGCCUUGGUGGAAACCUAUUGAUACUAAACCACCGUUUACAACUGAAGAAUUGACCCAGAGAUUGAAGAUAAUAGGGGUGGAAUCGGGCAAGGCUAAGCUUUAG